AUGGCGAUUUUUUUUAUUCUAGCUCAGACUGUGGUUAUAGCCAGCAAGAUCUUUGGUAAGGAACUGGUGGAAUAUCUGACGAAAACUUUUCCGGCCUUGCGUGAUGUCAUUCAAAACUGCCUGAUCGCUGUCAACAUGGAAUACAUAGCGGAUAUGCAUGCGAAUCUAAAACUCUUUGAAGGUAUUGAAAUAGCAGUAAUGCCUCCGUUCAGCGGAGGAUGA